CGCACACCUUACAACUACACUGUGCUACACCCACCGACACUCAGAUCACCAGUGCCAGUGGUUGACGACACUCGCACGGUCUCUGAUUGCCUGGAUGUCAUAUCCGACCAUGACCUACGGUGCUGUAGGGACUCCUAGAGACUCCUGCCCGGCACAGGUUCCCGCUAAGUACUGUCACUCUGUAUCUCAGGUAGAAAUCCCAUCCGAUCUGAAGUACUCCAGUGUGAGCUUCUCUGCCAGUGAGCCUGACCCCUUACGUCGUUUACGUUCUGAUCGACAUCGAAAUUCUUCGGGGCUACUACUACUUCUUCAGAAGUACAGCUACCUACCCUUUUACUGCUGCUGCUAGUAGAAGUGAUACACUCUCGUCAUCCCUUUUUAUUCCUCGUUUCCCUACCUACCUUAUCUCUCAAGUGCCUCGGCGCAUCUUCCUUUACUAUUAAGGCUCUUUGCCCUCCUUGCCUCUGCCUGUACCUAACUUGAAAUUGUACAUUAUUUCCUCGUGGAGACACGAGGUAUCCUUCCUUCGACCGCUACUUGAGUUUUGAGACGGAUGCAGCCCAGCCCAUCGGGCCUAUCGUCUCUCAAGUGAGAUAUUCCACAGAGGGAAACCCCCGCUACUACGAUCCUACCGUUCUCGUCUUCUCCUUGAGAGUCUCUGCAAAGAACCAUGAACAUGAUCCGUUUCCCGACAUUUCGCCCCUCUCCGGCCUUUGACACCUCUUCCGCCGAAGGAUCUCUUCGCGAAAUCCUGCGCAGGGCAUCUGACCCCGACCCAUCGCACUCUACCCGAUCAGAGUCCCCAAAGUCGAUUCCGAGUUCGAGUCUUUUCGGCCUGAACGGCAAGAAAAAGAAGAGGUCGAGUUCGAGUUCGACUUCCACAUCAACGCCGACUGCAGUGACAGCAGCUACGACUUCUUCCAUGUGGGAUGCGCCGACGAUGACUUCAAGUUCCACUUCAUCGCCCUCACCCGCCUCGUCACGCACUUCUAGUCCGAGAAACAGUCAGGCGUCAGCUUCUACACAAGAGAUGAGUUCGAGUCUCAAUCAAAGUCCGGGAACGAGAACGAGAACCAGAACCAGUGGGAGUUCGGGUUUGAGCGGAACGGCGACUAAAGAAAGAGGAGCAUCAGCAGGGGCUGCGAGUCAUCAUAAACCACCCAGCUUUUCGUGGCGGUGACGAAUUGACGAUCCACACCACAUGAAGUUUGACGCUGGUUCCUAUGCAGCUACUACUGGGCUGCACUCCACUGCAUUGCAUGCCUAGGGUGAGAAGUCAGAUGCCGUUGUGGACGAGAUGAUCAAGGGGAGCAUAAGAGAGGUGGCACUGGAUCCUGCGAGAAGUCAAGUCAAGUCAAUGCGUCACGACCACGACCACGACCAACUACAGUUGGGCCGACGCCGAUGAAUGAAGAGGAUAGGACACAAAUAACCGAGGGGCCAGUGGUGGAUGAAGCCACGCUGCGGUGGUACAAAGGAAGAGAAAAAAGAGUUCAUGAAGCAAUUCAGGUCAAUUCAGGUCAUAUCAAGUCAGAUCAAAUUAAUGAAGGAACACUACAGUAAAAUAUCGUCAGUGUCAGGUCGGAUUUUUCUUUUUCAAGCGCUGGAGCCAAUGUAUUGGGUCGAGUUGAGCUGGGCGUUUGUGUGACAUGGUUGUUUGUGAUCGAGUACUACGGGAGUCGAGUCGGUGGGAGCACGGGCAGGUCUGCGCAGGAAGCGAUUUGAUCUCGACAUCUUGCACAUACUGGGUGGUGGGAUACGGAUCCUGGGGAUGCAGUUUGCAGUUUGUGGGUUCCCGUCGUGUUGUACCUUACCUAUGGACCUCUUCGAGGUAUGUAUCAUUGUCAUGCCUUUAGAUAGGGACUGUAAAGAUAUUUAAUGCCGUUCCAUAUAACGCACAAUACUAGUACCUGAUAUGUAUCUAUAUAACAGUACAUAUAUGUAACCAG